AUGCCUUCGACUGAUUACCACCGCCUGUCCGAAGACCUGGACAAUAUCUCAAUCACAAACGAGGUCAAGUAUGAGCCGCCCAAGAAAAAGUCCAAGGUGAAGCGCGCUUGCGGCGUGCUGGCCGCUGCGCUGGGCUUGGGCCUUUACACAGCAGCCGUGCUCUACUACGCGCAAGAGGUCAUUCACAAGCCUUACUGCCCGAGGUUUGCGGCGAGCGAUACAGUGCACUUGUGGGACCAGAUCGGAUACAAGCCUUUGGGCUUCAACCCGGCCACGCCGCACCACUCGGACGGCUUUCUCGGCAGGCCCAGCGCUGAGCUGGAUAGCAAUUGGCGCAAGCUGCUUCUGACUUUCUCGGCUCGUCUGCCCGACUCCGAGGCCGAGAAGCUGGGCGACUCCAACGAUGCCAUUCCGUUUGACGACGGCAAGGGCGGCUAUGUCGGUGGUAUUGCCGUGGUGCACAAUCUGCACUGCAUUAACUACAUCUACCAGACCAUCCACCAGGAGUACUAUUUCCCCAACAUAACCGAAAAAGGAAAAGAAAAGCAACGUAGCCACCUCACACACUGUCUCUAUCACCUUCUCUCCUCGUCCAAAUGCCAGGCCGAUAUGACGCCGGUUUUGCUGCACUGGUCGGCAGAUGACUACAUCCCCGUGCUCAAGUGGGAUAGCGUGCAGCGGUCGUGCGUGGAUUGGGAGCGGUUGGUGAGCUGGGGAGAGGAGCAUUCGAUGGUUCAUUCCGAGACCAUGUCAACUGUUUCUCACAUGAAGCAUCCUAUUUUCGGCAACUUCCUCGACGAAGACGGCAGAUUCAUUCUGCACAACAUUGAAGGCGUUGUGGACUUUGAGGAGUUUUCCCAGCGCGAGGACUACAAGAAGUGGGCGCGGGAGCAGGGGAUCGGCACGGGCAAGGAGGAUGCCGAGAGGUUCUUGGAGGAGUUUGCCAAGAAGCAGAAUGAGAAGCAUUGA